UAUUUUUGAAUAUCCUUGUGCACAAUCGAUAGCUUUAAUAGCAAUUCGAUUUCAUGGCUUUGCCUUUUGUUUUCUGAGUCCCUGCGCAACCUGGUCAAACGACCAGCCCUGGGCACAUAUCAUAUGACAUCCACGUUGGUGGCGCAACAGUAUUGCAAUUUACUUACCCCCAAAAGCGAAUGCCGUUUCACUUUUGUGGACCGGAAGGCGCAUGUCUGCAACUUGUCAACCCUCGACUACAUGAAACAGAGAGAGAGAGAGAGAAAGUGAGACUUACCAACUAUAUUAAGGAGAAAGUCAGAGAGACAGAGACAGAAAGAGAGGGAGAAAGUUGUAAACAAAAACAAGUUGCAAGUUACGCAAAACGGAAGCGACUCUCUCUCUCUCUUGUUCUCUCUGGCGAGAGAGGGAGCAAAACCCAACUGACAGUUGAGAGUUCUCAAUUACAACAAGAAGAGAAAUUCCCCUUCGUGGCGAAUCGGAGCACCAAGCACUUAACUGGUGAAUGUCAAACUGAGCUUUACCACGGAGCACUACGUCAAGGAAAUUAUUGAUUUUCACCCAGUGAGAUGAAAAUUGUGAACCAAACGUGUAAUAAAGAGAAGUGAAAAGGAUUUCAAGGAUUUCAUAAUAAUCACUUGCCAACAAAUUGAUUGUGUGUAAACCAGGACAAUUCAUUGUGCGAUUGUAGUUCCUUAAUUGUUCGCGUUGUGGUUGUGUGGACGGGUGUGGCAAAAUUUUUGGGCUCAAGCCUGAGGAGCCUAACAAACACACAAUACACACGAACAACACAACACAGGCCUAAAGAGAAUCAAAAAAAUGGCCGAUAGUGAAUUCGAGGAGUUCCAUAGGCCCAUAUUUGAGCCACAUAACCUGAAUACCUACGGCGUGGGACACAUUAGCGGAGUUGUCGGCUCUGGAGUUGGUUCAAGCAAUAAGAAUAAAAACAAUCCGCAUGCAUUUUACUCACUUAUACCCAACGAUGAUCUGGAUGAUUCUCAUUCAUCGAAAAGUGAAGGCGAAGGCUCCGAUCAGGAGGAUGGCAUUUUAAUGCCAACUGAAUCAUCGACAAAAAAUCGCCGACAAGUUGAGGACGAUGAGCUUGGUGAUGGCCUAAAGGUCACUCUAUCAUCGGAUGGUUCAUUGGAUACAAAUUCUGAUUCAUUUAAUUCGCAUCGACAAUAUCCAUUGAAUCAUCAGGAUGCCAUUGGUGGUUUUAUUGGCAUCAAUGGCGGUUCAUUGGCUGGUAAUUCUAUAAGCAACACCACUACAAGCACCAGCACCACCAAUAACACCAUCAAUACAAAUACAGUAGUAAAUACUGAACUCUUGGCUCCAAAUUCAGCAGCAGCCACACGACGACGUCGUAAAUUACCCGAAAUACCCAAAAAUAAGAAAUCUUCCAUUUUGCAUCUUCUAGGCGGCGGCGGCGGCGGUAGUGGCUCAACACAAGUUGGCACACUGGCGGAUGAGUUUCGACAGGCCACGCCACGUAAUUCCAAUCAUCAGCAGCAGCAGCAGCAGCAACAGCAUCGCUCGUUCCUCUCCCUGAAAUGCGGCUACUUGCUGGAUGAGGACUCCAGUCCCGAUUCGGAGCGUUUACAGAGUCUCGGGGAUGUGGAUAGUGGCCAUAGUACGGCCCAUUCGCCAAAUGAUUUCAAGAGCAUGUCACCACAGAUAACAUCGCCGGUCUCACAGUCACCGUUUCCCCCGCCGUUCGGCGGUGUGCCCUUUGGUCAGUUGGAAAUGCUGGAGGCCACACAUCGGGGUCUGCAUAAGUUUGUGCCACGACAUCACGAUGAAAUUGAGCUAGAAAUCGGCGAUGCCAUCUAUGUGCAAAAGGAGGCCGAGGAUUUAUGGUGUGAGGGUGUUAAUUUACGUACCGGUCGUCAGGGUAUCUUCCCAUCGGCCUAUGCUGUCGAUUUGGAUUACAAUGAAUUCGAUCCCACGGUGCAAUUGGUUAAGAAGGAACGCUAUCUGCUCGGCUAUCUGGGCUCGGUGGAGACUCUGGCCCACAAGGGCACCGGUGUCGUCUGCCAGGCGGUGCGUAAAAUUGUCGGGGAAUAUGGCAGCUCACCGACCGGUCAGACAUGCAUUCUUGAGAUAUCCGAUCAAGGUUUACGCAUGGUCGAUCGAUCCACACCAAAUAACAAAAAAGAGAAGAAACCCUGCAUAGACUAUUUCUAUUCAUUGAAAAAUGUAUCCUUCUGUGCAUUUCAUCCACGUGAUCAUCGUUUCAUUGGCUUCAUAACCAAACAUCCAACUGUACAGCGUUUUGCUUGCCAUGUCUUUAAGGGUUCCGAGUCUACAAGACCAGUGGCCGAGGCUGUGGGACGUGCUUUUCAACGCUUCUAUCAGAAAUUCAUUGAAACCGCUUACCCCAUCGAGGAUAUUUAUAUUGAAUAAAAGUUCAACACAAAAAAAAAAAACAAACAACAAAAAAUCGAAACCAAAAACAAAAGCAAUCAAAUGCUUCUACUUCAAAUAAUAAUCUGAAUAAUAUAUAUUCAUAUAUUUUUUUUGUGCGGUUAUUAAACGAA